AGCGGAGGGGCCUGCGCCCAGGAGCCACGCAGGCCGCAGAGACUGCCGGCCGGGCCGGCCGAUCGGCUGGCGUAGCUCGGUGGGCGGCAGGGAGCAGCGCGCGGCGACGGGGCCUCCGGCACCGGGCCUCCCAGUCGAGCCCCGGCUCCCGUCGCUGACGCAGCGGCGGCCGCCACGGCAUCUGCCCGCGCGGGGUUCCCACGCGGGGACUGACCCGGAGGGGAGAGGCCUCUGCGGGCUUUGGACGCCGCUUCGCCUCGCUGCCCAGGCCGCCGCGUUUCCCCUGACCUCCCCGCUGGCGCUGCUGUUUAAGAAAUCGGGGUUCACCUCAGCGGUGGCCUUGGGCAGGCCUUCUGACUCUCCGUGUCUUCAUUUUGAAAUUGAGGAUCUUCGCGCUAUCUGCUUUACCUUUGUCUCGGGAAUGGAAAGAAGAAACGGAAAAAAAAGAUUUCACACAUUGGCAAACUGAGAGAUUUUCUCCUGGAACACAGGAAAGAUUACAUUAAUGCUUAUAGCCACAUCAUGUCUGAGUACGGGAGGAUGACAGACACAGAGCGAGACCAGAUAGACCAGGACGCUCAGACGUUCAUGAGGACCUGCUCUGAAGCGAUUCAGCAACUGCGAACACAAGCCCACAAGGAGGUACACUCCCAGCAAGUGAAGGAGCACAGGAGUGCCGUUUUGGAUUUCAUUGAAGAUUACUUGAAAAGAGUUUGUAAACUUUACUCAGAACAAAGAGCCAUCCGAGUUAAGCGAGUGGUGGAUAAGAAGAGACUAUCGAAGCUGGAACCGGAACCAAGGACAAAGACCAGGGAAUCCGUGUCUUCUGAGAAAGUUUCACGGAAUCCUUCGCAAGACUCUGAAGAAAAAUCUGUCACUGAAGAAUAUCCAGAAAAGGUUCCGGCUGAAUCCCAACCCGAAUUGGGCACGUGGGGAGACGGCAAAGGUGAAGACGAAUUAUCCCCAGAAGAAAUACAGAUGUUUGAACAAGAGAACCAGCGCCUAAUUGGUGAGAUGAACAGCCUGUUCGAUGAAGUGAGGCAAAUCGAAGGGAGAGUGGUUGAAAUUUCCAGGCUCCAAGAGAUAUUCACAGAGAAGGUUUUACAACAGGAAGCCGAGAUCGACAGCAUUCACCAGUUAGUUGUAGGGGCGACUGAGAAUAUCAAGGAGGGCAACGAAGACAUCAGAGAGGCCAUCAAAAACAACGCCGGCUUCCGAGUGUGGGUGCUCUUCUUCCUGGUGAUGUGCUCCUUCUCCUUGCUCUUCCUGGACUGGUACGACAGCUAGUCUGCCCUGCUCGCUCCUGGCGCAUGGGGCGCUGUCGAGGGUCUCCGGCAUUGGACCAGGGCUGUGCCCAGAUCCUACCACGUUGGGGGGAGGGGGCGGUGGCAGAGCUAUGUGCUCCCACAAAAGGGACACCCAGACCUGUGGUCUUAGCCCGUUUAAUAGCUGAAAAAGAAACUAAUGAACACAAACUGACAGUGGACUGUGUGGCACUCCUGAGGCAGGGUGGAAGGGUCGUUACUGGCUGCACCCAAACUGGCGGCCGACGUGGAGGGGCUGCCCGGAGGCGGGGCUCAGGGAGGCACCGACCUGGCCCUUCCAGUGGCUUAGGGAAGAGUGCUGGGUGAUAACUUCUCGCGGCAAGUGACCAUCACUUAGUUUCCUGUGGCUUCUUGUCUGCCUGAGCCAAGUGCUGCAGAGUCGCUACGCUGUAGAAAACUCGCCUUUGCCUCACAAAUAUAAUAAAUGCAACUACGGUUA